CCUCCUCCAGCUGCUUCCAGUCUCUUUCUGUCAGCGGGUGCUGGAGGAGAGAUCAGUUCAGCAGCACGCUCCUGAAGCGACGAACCCAUUUCCUGGAGACCAUUUCUUUUCUUUCUUUCUUUUUUCUUUUUUUUUCACACCACCAUUUCACCGAGAAUUAAAAAAAAAAAACGAGCUUUUGUUCUCUGUGUCUGGUGCAAUACUUCAGUAUGCUGAAGUUGGUUUGAGGAACUCUGUUUUGGGGGGAUUAUACGCGCAAGAGUCUCCAGAAGAUCUCCGCAUGCCCUUAGUGAAUUUUAAAUAGCGUCGUCUCUCACAUGUGUAUUUUUUUAUUUUAUUUUUUAUCACCAAAAACAUGUUUUCCUACGAGAUGUUCAUCUGCACCCUGGCCAUCGCCUGUCUGCUGGAGAUCCCCCGAGGCACCGCGGCCGCGUCCUGCGAGGCCAUCCGCAUCCCCAUGUGCAGGUCCAUGCCGUGGAACAUGACCAAGAUGCCCAACCACCUCCAUCACAGCACGCAGGCCAACGCCGUGCUCGCCAUCGAGCAGUUCGAGGGGCUCCUGGGCACCCAGUGCAGCCCGGACCUGCUGUUCUUCCUGUGCGCCAUGUACGCGCCCAUAUGCACCAUCGACUUCCAGCACGACCCUAUCAAGCCCUGCAAGUCCGUGUGCGAGCGGGCCAAGUGCGGCUGUGAGCCGGUCAUGAAGAAGUACAAUCAUACCUGGCCGGAGAGUCUGGCCUGCGAGGAGCUGCCCGUCUACGACCGAGGAGUCUGCAUCUCACCUGAGGCCAUAGUCAAGGCGGAGGGGCCAGAUAAUCCUUACUAUCAAGACGCUUCAAAAUGUAACCCUGAAGGAAAUCCAGACUUCCCGAUGGAUUCACAUAAUGCCAACUGCAAAGGAGCUAAUGAUCGGUGCAAAUGCAAGUCUGUGAAACUUGUUCAAAAGACAUAUUCGAAGAACAAUUACAAUUAUGUCAUCCGGGCAAGAGUGAAAGAGAUCAAGACGAGAAAUCAUGACCUGAGCGCCAUCGUGGAGGUCAAAGACGUCCUGAAGUCUUCUCUGGUCAACAUCCCUCGGGACACCGUCACUCUUUAUUAUAACUCUGGGUGUCUGUGUCCUCCGCUAACAGCCAAUGAGGAAUAUAUCAUCAUGGGUUAUGAAAAUGAGGAAAGGUCCAGACUGCUGCUCCUUGAUGGAUCCAUCGCACAAAAGUGGAAAGACAAAAUGGGCCGGAAAGUGAAGCGCUGGGACCAGCUUUUGCGUGAGGACCGAGCAAACUCAAGCAAGAGCAACACGAGACGGAGCCGCUACUAG